GUCACUUCUCCCUCUUUCAGUUGAAACCCUUCUCUCCCAAAUUUCUUUCUCACAUAAAAUCAAAAGGAAUUCCAUUUAUCCAAAUUGGAAUAGAAGCUUAUAGCUCGCAGAAUAAUGGCUCAUGAUAUAAUCUAGAUGCUAUUAAUGAUUAAUAUUCAAGUGCUUAUAAUGAUUUAUAUAUGCUCAUUACUGCUUCCUUAACGUUAUAAACCAAUUCGAUUUUAGGUUUUCUGGAAACCUUACCAAAUGUGGAAGGCAUCAUUUGUCAGAUUGCUGAGAAGUCGCCCUCCGGCGGCGACGUCGACGACUGCGAGCAGGUGUCCAAGUCCGUGCUCGGAUGGGAGUAACAGUAGAAGUAACCGCGGAAACUGUUUCAGCGGGUUUGGAUUGAUCGGAUCUAGGUAUUGUAGCUCUGUGGUCGCCGGAGGAUAUGGGGACGGUAGAGCAGAAGGGAAAGGGAGUGCAGAGCUGGUGUCUGAAGAGGAGGCGAAGAGGCUUAUGAGGUUGGUGAAUGUGAAGGCGUUGAAGGAGAAGCUAGGGAUGGAGGAGAAGGAGGUGAUUGGCUACUCGGAGCUGUUGCAGGCGUGUGAGAGUGUUGGCAUUGUCAUGUCUUCCGAGGAGGCUGCCGCCUUUGCUCGUGUCCUGGACCAGGCAGGUGUCAUUUGGAUCUUCGGUGAUAAAGUCCAUCUUCACCCUGACCUGGUAGUUCACCGGGUUAGGAAAGCAGUACCUGUUGCACUUCUACCUGAAGACGACCCCUGCAAGCACGAGCUCCAGAAGCUUCUGGAAGGAAAGGAGGAGAUCGAAAAGCUUGCGCACAAACAGGUACGCCGCAUCCUAUGGAUUGGUAUGUGUGCUGCCUUAGCACAGAUAGGGUUUUUCUUUCGGCUCACAUUCUGGGAAUUCUCUUGGGACAUUAUGGAGCCCGUUGCAUUCUUCAUCACUGCAACUGGGAUAAUCGUAGGCUAUGCCUACUUCCUUUUCACAUCAAGAGACCCUACAUACCAAGACGUGUACAAGAGGCUCUUCCUUUCCAGGAUGAAGAAGCUCGUCAAGAAACACAGUUUUGACAUCCAUAGGUUAGCAGAGUUGCAGAAGAAAUGCAAGUUUCCAUUGGAUGUGCCAACUUCCGGUAAGAGACGCAUGGGAGUGAAGUGGGAGCUCGAUGAACUUCUACAUUAGAAUUGAAAGGAUUGAAAGACAUCAUUGACCUUGUGACCUUAGUUGCCCACCCCUUGCUAAAAACAAAUUACUCCGUAUUAUAGAACAUAUCUUCGACGACCAAUUACUUCAUUUCCGCGGGGCGGGGCAUUGUGUUGUUUUAUUUAAAAGCUAACUAUAAAAAGUAUGAUGUUCCAUAACCACUCAUUUAGUAUCCAUUUGGUAUCUGAGGAUUGGUAGGUACUUCAUCUCCUAAUUUAUCCUUGUCUAAUUUGACAUAUUGAUCUUAACGUAGACCUUACAUAUAGACAUUUUUCUAUGGAUUUAUCAGUUACAACUUUAAAUUUAAAUGUUAAUAAAUUCAUUUCGAAAUG